CAGGAAGAAAUUCCGAUAGACCACAGCUUCAAAGCCCGGAAAACAUUCCAAAAUGUAAACAAGACAAUUUCAGAGACUGCAAUCAACAUCGGUUACUCGUGCCAGUUGCUAACUGACGAUUUAAUGGACGUGUUCAUCGUGGACGCAUCUACUUACGACGAAGUCCAGCAGCAACUGCUCAAGUUUCGGGACAACAUCAAGAUCGUAAACACUUACAAGCCGAAUUCGGAGCCGGCAGCAGUGGGCGGCGAGCUGGAUGCCGCCCGCAAAGCGAACAGCACGGAAAAUGGAGUGAGCGGAGGUGCGAAUGGGGCCAAAGUGGGAGGCACGUCCAAUCAGAGCUGUGGUUCGGGACCGCCCGCCGUCAGCGUGGUCACGUUCAGGUGGGCUGGGACGGAAACAAACAAACGCAAGAGAGCAAGCACCGAACUGGAGUACUUAGGAGGAAUCGAAGAUCCCCAAGUGGAAGAAACGACUGUGGGAUUUGCGAUCGUGAUAAACGGACACUCGCUGGUGCAUUGUUUGCAUCCCCAAAUGGAGCGCUUGUUUUUGGAUGUUGUGAUGCAGUGUAAAGCCGUGAUUUGUUGCCGAGUGACGCCCCUGCAGAAGGCUUUGGUUGUUGAGUUGGUCAAGAAGAGCAAACACGCGGUAACUUUAGCUAUUGGCGAUGGUGCUAACGACGUUUCAAUGAUCAAAGCUGCACACAUAGGGGUUGGAAUAUCGGGCGAAGAAGGCAUGCAAGCGGUACUGGCAUCCGACUAUUCCAUAGCGCAGUUUCGGUUCCUUGAGCGACUACUUCUCGUUCAUGGCCGCUGGUCAUACUACAGGAUGUGCAGUUUUUUACGUUACUUUUUUAACAAGAACUUUGCAUUUACACUGUGCCACUUUUGGUAUGCGUUUUUUUGUGGAUUUAGUGCCCAGACAGUAUUUGAUCCCAUGUACAUAUCUGUAUACAAUCUCUUCUACACAUCCUUACCAGUAUUAGCAGUAGGAAUUUUCGACCAAGACGUAAACGACAAGAACUCGAUUCAGUAUCCGCAACUGUACAAGCCGGGCCACAUGAAUCUGUUUUUCAAUAAAAAGGAGUUUUUUCGAAGCGCCCUUAGCGGAUGUUUCGUUUCCAUUAUUUUGUGUUUCAUCGCUUAUGGUACUUACAAUGACGCCGCUACUCCUAAUGGACAAGGCCUCUCGGACUACAUGCUUUUCUGUAGCGCUACUGCAGCCAUUCUGGUGAUUGUGAAUACAGCCCAG